AUGAAUGCAACUCUAAGGGUAGUCAGGUACAUCAAGAAAGCACCUGGUUUAGGAUUGUUGAUGCCUGCUAAAGAGAAUACUGAACUUAUAGCCUAUUGUGACUCUGACUGGGGUGCAUGCUUGGAAACCAGAAGUGGUGGUGGUGGUGAUACUAGCGCUAGUAGUGGUGGUGAUGAUGGUGAUGGUGGUGGUGGUGGUGAUACUAGCGCUAGCAGUGGUGGUGAUGAUGAUGGUGGUGGUGGUGGUGGUGAUACUAGCGCUAGCAGUGGUGGUGAUGAUGAUGGUGGUGGUGGUGGUGAUACUAGCGCUGGUGCUGAUGGAGGUGGUGAUGGUGAUGGUGGACCUGGUACUGGUGAAAGUGGUGGUGGUACAUCAAUCUUCCAACGAUGUCCUACAUUAAGCUUUGGUGUUGGCGGUGCUGGUACGACUCCACCCUUAUCCCGGUCUAAACUUUUUAAUGCUUCUGCUGAAAGAUUACAACACUUGUAG